AUGUCGUCCAGCUCGUCGCGCGAUUCGCUGGACGUUGCAACGGUGAGUCAGCCCGCCUUUCUUUCGCUUUUUGUGUUCGACUUUUAGACGCGAGAGGGGAUAUUAGUCAGAGACGACGGGGACGGUUCUCCCCCCUUCGUUCGUCUCCUUUAAAGAGUUCAAUUGCUUUUUUUUUGAAUACCAAGUUCGAAGUGGAGGUCUGCCCCCACAACACUCUUGUUUUGCGGAUUUCUUGCGAACCUUGGAGUGGAGACGGAGGAGGUUCGCGCACAUCCCAUCCGGAGCGAAAUCCCGUCGAAAUUACGAAUUUUCCGAUAGUUUUCUUGGAGCCGAACGAUAAUUGCUGUUAUCCUUUUCGCUUUGGCGAAGUUUAAAUGAGGCCAACCUCCAAACCCCGCGUGAGGGGUUUGGAGGUUGGCCUCGGUUCGAAUUAAGGGAUUUGGCGCGACGCCAGGGAUAAUCCCUCCGGAAACGGCCGAAAAUAGAAGUUUUCUUUGGGAAAAAAGGAGUAUUGGAGAAAAAAUGGGUUUCAGAAUUGAGUAAAAGUAGUAUAUAGCUGUCUUGAGUCGUCUGCGGUUCUUAUUGAAGAUUUUGAUGCAAGUAUUAGCGGAUGCGAUGUUAGUUUUAACGGACGAAUUUCAAUUUUAUAAGGGGUUGAUGUUAUUUUAGAUGAAAUUGAUGAAAAAUCCACAAAAUUUUGAUCUUAUUUUUUUGCCAAAUUGGUUGUAACCAGCUAGAACUUGGAGAAUAAAACUGGAAUCAAUAUGAUUUACUCUGUCUGAUCAGAAAAUUUUUUAAAAUUUAUCUUCUUUUAGACGAUUGCUUUUAAUUUUACGAAAUGUUGGUCGAAUUUUGCUUUAACCUUCAAGGUUUUGCAAUGAACUAGCUUAUAGUAUCCCCAGCCUUACAUAUCGUCUAUUUUUAUUUCUCUAAACCUUUCAAAUUCCCUUAUCUUAUCGUUUUUAUCAUCGGAGGUCAUAUUUCUUUCCUUUUGUUUUGCUGUAUUUUUAUUCGAAUUCAGAGACCUUCGACGCGUUUGUUAUUUCAAACGAAACCUUUGGGAUGUUUUCAAUGACCUAUAAACAAAACAAUCGGGGAUUCGGAAAAGGCUCGAAUUGAGGCGAAAUGAUCAAACUUUUUUGAAAAAAGUUGAAUGUAGAAAGAGGUUUAGCGAAGAGUGGCGAGUUUGUUUUUGUAGUAAAGGGCGUUGUCUUAGUGUGUGUGAAACGCCGAGGUUGAUUAGAGUUUAGAGAAGGUCGUUCGAAGUCAUUUUCUAUGGUAUACUUGACGAUCAGUAUGUUGAACAUGGUUUUUGUCAAAUUUUUAUGAUUGAUUAGCCCGUUUUGUUAUGGAUUACUGCGCCUUGGAGUCUGUUCCGUCCUUCUUUUUCAAUAAAGCAUCCGAAAGCGAAUGCGGUGACACUCAGAAUGCCCUGUUUUUUUUAUGGUUGCUUCAAUAAUUUAUUCUUAUCAUGAGUCAAUCUGUUCGCCAGAUUCGCCAUUUCUCAUAGGAUCGAAACGCUUCGACGGAAUGAAGUUUCACUUGAUUUACAAGCAAUUUGCAGAUGGCUUUAGUGGAAUUGAACGUUUAGGAUAUUGGUUUAGGGCAUAAAGGUAGUUUUUGAAGCAAAAAAUGGAAGAUUACGACGCUUCGAAUCGUUCCGGGCUUUUUGAAUGACAUGUUUGCCCUUUGUAAAGCCGUUCCCUGUUUAUGGCCCGUGCACUCUGCGAAACGAUGAUUUCACAGUUCAUCGGGCCCAGCAGUUAGUUUCGCGUUUUUUUUAUAUUUACUCUGAAAUGGAAUGAGUCAUUGACCUCAAUGGCCCGUUUUACUAUCCCUUGGGAAGUGGUUUUUGUUUGAAUUGCUAAAUCAACCUGAAAGAAGAGAACCUUAGGGUGCGGUUAGGGAGGAAAAAACGGCUUCGUUCCAAGGGAUCUAUUGUCGGAUAAAUUGUGUGGAGUAUGAGAUUUUUGUUUCAAAGUUUGUAGACUACAAAACACGGGCUAUUGGGAGUACUGAGGCUUUUUGAUGCAGAUUUAUCGGGAAUGAGAGGUAAAGUUAGGCCGAUUUUGAGGUAAUGGUAUUAUCUAUGAGGCAACCAAGUGGAAUUUUCAAGAAUCAAAUGGUUAAUGAAAUGGAAUGCUGCUAGAAUAGUAUGUUAUGACAUCUAUUUAUUCUUUAGCUUUCCAUUUUAUUUAUCAUUGGAUUUUUGAAAAUUCCACUUGGUCCCCCCUUACCUCCCCUUUUAAAAUUUUUUUUCCGAUGAAAGCAAAAAAGUGAUUAUGAAUUCGAUUCCCUCACAUUGCUACUAGAAUUUUAAUUAGCCUUUUCGAUUGUUUAUUUCAGGCCCGUUUUCGAAUAUUUUUUGGGGAAGGCCUAUUCUUUGAUUUAUUGCCCCAAAAUCGUCUUCAACUAUACGUUCUCUAUUUAUUUUGUGAACAUUUUCGCUGCAUUCUCUUGCUAAGUGAUGAUGGACAAAUUUCAGCCCGGUGGGAACGUUGCCCGACUGAUCAACCGCCUCAGCAAGGACAUCAACGGCCCUCCAAUGUCGGUCCCGGUGAAAAGAGGUGAGGUUUUCCAAAAUUUAUUGUUGAUUUUUAGGAAGAGACGUGAUCAAGAUAGAUCGAGGCGUCUAGAUCGUUUUGGAAGAAGUUUAGCGCUGUUUGAAGACAAUUUCUUAGCGAAAAUCUUGUGCUGUUUUGGGGCAAUGUUUAAAAUUUUUGAGUGCUUGCCUAAAAUAAUGUAAUUCUUCCAAAUUGGGCCUCUAAAACUAAAUUUCUUCGUUUGCAGAAUCCUCCAAAGCCUUGGCCAGGGUCAGGUAUAGCUAUGACGCCGCUCAGGACGACGAGCUCAAUCUCUGCGAGAACGAUGUGAUUGAAGUCCUCGAGGACGUCGAGGAUGGAUGGGCGCGGGGAAAAUUGAACGGGCGAAUUGGUCUCUUCCCGACUAAUUUUGUCACCUACACCGUACCGGUGGCAAAUCGAUGUAGGUUUUUGCUGGGUUUUAUUGUUUUGGUACGAUUCAAGACGAGAUUUUAUAAUUUUAUAUUGUACUUGGCAAGAGAUGAGAUUUUGGUGGAAAUUUUGGGAUUUUGGGGUUUAAAUGUCCAUUUGUGAGUGGUAUAAGAUGAGUAUUGCAGUGACAUACACGAACGCCAUCGCAGAGUCCGCCUCCGAACGCCCACAACAGUUCAAGCGCGAGGAAAGCGAGAAAAAUCGCCCCAAAACGGCUCAAAAACCACUUUCGGACAGUGUAACCUCAUCAAGAAGCAUCACAUCAUCGAAUAAAUUGAGCAGCUCAACUUCAAGUACCUCCAGUACAAAAGGUAAGGGCUUUUGAUUGGAUUUUUUGUUGGUUUAGGUCAGAAAUUGGAGGGAAUUUGAGGAUUUUUGAUCCUUUUGGGUAGAAUACGACGUUUUUGUGGGGCUUGUGAUGUGAAGAUGCUUUCAGAAUACGGCAGAGUCCUUUAUGACUACCCUGCCGAACACCCGGACGAGCUGGAACUGAAGGAAGGAGACGUUGUUGUGGUCCUGAACAAGAAAACCGCCGACGAAGGCUGGUACGAAGGCGAAAUCAACGGAAGGAAGGGGGUAUUCCCAGAAAAUUAUAUCAAACUGAUGAGCAGCAACGAACGACCGGUCGAGCCGACGAACCCAACCCCACCGGUUCUGCCGGCCAAGCCGAACAAACCGCUGGUUGGAGCGAAACCAUCCAAUGGAGAUAGUGGACAGGUGAGUUCAGACGCUUGGGAGUGAAUCAGAAGAGGAUAGAAGGAAGUGUAUGGAUAUUUCAGGAAAAUUUUGCCAAUUUAGGACCUUAUUUUAGGUGAAAAGUUGAUUUUUGAAAAAAAAAUUGAGAAAAGAUUUUAUAUUGUUUUGGGUGAAAUUUGAUGGGAAAUGGAGUAAAAGUAGGAGAAGAGGGUAAUGCAGAGAUUUUUUGCUGAAGAAAUUUUGGACUAGCAGGCACUUUAAUUUUUUGGAGAAUUUUAAAAUUUUUGGAAAAAAAUUUUGAGGUCCAAAAUCAACAAGACAUUUUCAGAAAUCCCCCGUCCAACCCUCCCCACCCUCGAACGGGUCCACCUCCAUACCCACAAAGCCAUCCGACCUCAUCCGCGAACGCCAGUCCACCAUCCAAUCCGAGAACAAGGCGCCCGAAGGCCCGACCUCAACCUCAGCCCCCGUCAAAACCGCGCUCGAGGAGCGGAAGUCGGUGGUGGCGGGCCUCCAGUCCAAGCUCUUCCCGCAAGGCAAACUCCCACCCCAUCGGCCGGCCUUCACGUCCCACAGUAAUGCCAUGACGUCAUCCGUGCACGGUGCGCUUCGGGAAGAGAAGCCGGACAUUGUCCCGAUUUCACGACAUUCCAUCAUGGAUCCGACGCGAGUGUCGCCGGAAAAGAACGACGAGGAACCGCUGGUUGAGGGAAAGACGGGACAACUGGAGCCGUUGACGAAGACCCGCCCAAAAAUGGCCGGAAAGAGACCGCCGUCCAGUCAGUUUAGGCAAUCCAAAUUGGUAAGGUUUUAAUGGAAGUUUGCGGCGAAUUUGGAGGAUUUGUGGGAGAAUGGCGGUUAUAGAGAGGUUUGGAAAAAACGCGAAGCUUUGAAGAUUAUUUUUGAGACAUGAUUUAUAUUGUACUUGACUGUUAGAGAAGAACUCAUCGAAUUUGUGAAUUUUUGGAAUUUUCUUUCUGUAUUUUGGUCAAAAUCGAAUGGAUAGUGGUGUAAAAGACUUGUAGGGACUGGAAAGGUCAAUGCAGAGCAAGUUUUUUUUAUGGAUUUUUUUAUUUCGCCGUUUUUCAGUCCCUCCCCCUCGAACCGACGGCGGUCGAGUCCGAGGAACCCAUCGAUUCGCCGCAAACCCCGGUGGAAUCAGUAGCCAUAUCAUCGGGCCCGGCCACAACAGUCUUUCCGCCCGGCCCUCAAACCUCGACCAGCACCGUCCGCCAAUCCUCGCCCUCCACCCGACCUCAGGAAGUUCAAAAUGUUGUGAAGGAGUUGGCGUCGGUCACACAAACCGUCAAGGAUCGAAACUGUAAGAAUGGAUAGUCGGAGGAGUAUGUGGAGGGUAGACUCGGUUUCACAGAGCUAUUUUGGUUUAGUGAGAACGAAAAAUGGAAAACGGGAGGAGCUUGAGAGGUAUAGAGGGAAAAUGAAAAUUGCUCUCGUCUUGAGAUACUAUUGCUGAGGCUGGAUGGGGUUUUGAGAAGAGUAUGCAAUGAAGAACUUAUAAGAGAUUUUCGGCAAGGGCUGAUUGAAAAGUAUGGCAAGAGGAGGCAGAUAUAUUGUUUUAGUUUGCUUUUGAUAAACUUUUAUGUUUUUAUCGCUGUUGCAGGAAGAAAUAGGUCUGGAAAGGGCUAUUGAAGAGUUGGUAAUAUUUUUUAUGAUGAAUCAAAAAAAGGUGCGGGAAGGGGAGACCAUUUUUUUCAGCUUACGGACAAGGGACAUAAAAUUACUUACAGUGGGGGACCUGAUCCCGUGGCAAAAAACGUGCCAUUUUGCAUACGGGAAGUAUCAGAAAUGCGGAAAAAUACCUCCCUCUCCAAGUGAAAAAACUCCGAUUUCAAAAGCGCCUUCAAAACGAAGUUUUUUCACUUGGGCCGGGAGACAUUUUGCCACAUUUUUGAUGCUUCCCGGAUGCAAAAUGGUACGUUUUUUGCCACUGGAUCGGCUCCGUCACUGUAGAUAUGACUCAAAAUUACAUUUUGGGCGUGUUUUUGUUAACUCUUUCUUGUUGGACUCUGCGGUAGUGAUUUCCGUGCGAUUUCAGCGCCCAAGCCCACCAAAUCCCACUCCAGCGAUCCGAUCACAUCAUCCGAAUUCGAGCAAUUCCGCCUCGAAAUCCUCGGCCGCCUCCGAUGCCUCGAAGACAAAGUGGACAAGCUGCUGCGGCAAGAGAAGCUCUAA